UCCUUCUGCCUCAUCAUCCUUCCAUCCAGCCUUCAUUCACUCUCUCCAACAGGCCUCAUACUCCUCCUAAUUCUACUUCACACUUAAUCACCUGUCACAACUCGUUUCUACUUUACCCCCCAAUCACCGCAAAUAUGAAGGGUUGGUUGUCUGCAGCUGCCUUUGCGUCCGUGGCAUUCGCCGCCGCCGUCCCCGCUGGCCAAUUGGAUGCCAAAAGUCUGUUGAAGAGGGUUGUGUCGACCGAUGGAACCUGUGGUGGUUCCGCCGGAUACACUUGCUCCACCAGCUCCUACAAGUGCUGCUCGCAGUGGGGUUGGUGCGGUGAUUCGGAUGAACACUGUGGAACUGGUUGCCAGUCGGCUUACGGAACAUGUACUUCUGGAGGAACACCCACCACCACCCCCGUCACUUCCGUUCCUGGAACAACCUCGCCGCCGAUCUCGACCGGCCGCGCAAAGCCUGGCAGCGUGCCCUAUGGUUCGCUCAUCACCACAUGCACGCAGUCCGGCAAGGUUGCCCUUACAUUCGACGAUGGCCCAUACAUCUACACCUCGGGACUUCUCGACCUUCUGUCGAGUAACGGUGUCAAGGCCACCUUCUUCGUCAACGGCAAGAACUGGGGAGCCAACGACAUCUACGGCUCGGACAAGGCCGCGCUCGUCCAGCGGAUGAUCGCCGAGGGCCACCAGGUCGCCUCGCACACCUGGGACCACGCCGACCUUGCCACGCUCAGCGGCUCCCAAGUCACCACCGAGAUGACCCAGCUCGAGACGGCGCUCAUGAGCGUCAUCGGAAAGGCACCGACCUACAUGCGUCCCCCUUACUUCUCGUGCGGCUCCGCCUGCCUCAAUGUCAUGAACACGCUCGGCUACCACGUCAUCCACACCAACCUCGACACCCAGGACUGGCAGUACGACUCGGCCUCCGGAAUCCAGAACAGCAAGGACAUCUUCGCCUCUGCCCUCAACGCCGCAAGCUCCUCCAGCAGCUCGUGGAUCCCCCUCACCCACGACGUCCACCAGUACACUGUCGAGAGCCUCGUCCAGUACAUGAUCACCACCUUCAAGGCCAAGGGUUACACCUCUGCCCUCGUCGGCGAGUGCCUGGGCGACCCUUCUGCCAACUGGUACAGGUCCGUCUAAACGCUUUCGGCCGGCCGUUUAUCUUUUUUUAUCUUUUUUCAUUUUUCGAUAUACAUAUUGCCCAAAGAAUUGUCACUUUCCGAGAGCAUGUAUGAGUAG